AUGGCGAGGCCACACGUUGUGAUUGUGCCGUACCCAGGCGCCGGUAACAUCAACCCAGCGUUGCAGAUCGCCAAGCUGCUGCACCGCCACGGCGUCUACGUCACCUUCGUCAACACCGAGCACAACCACCGGCGCGUGCAGGCCACCGAGGGCGCCGGAGCCGUGCGCGGCGGGGAGGGCUUCCGCUUCGAGGCCAUCCCGGACGGCCUGUCCGAGGCCGAACGGGGCCAGCAGGACUACGGGCGCAGCCUGGCCGUGUCCACGAGCACGCGCUGCGCGGCGCCGUUCAGAGACCUCAUCGCGCGGCUCAACGGCACGCCGGGCAUGCCGCCGGUCACCUGCGUGCUGCCCACGAUGCUGAUGAGCUUCGCGCUGGGCGUGGCGCGGGAGCUCGGGAUCCCGACCAUGUCGUUCUGGACGGCCAGCGCGGCCUCCCUGAUGGCGCACAUGAGGCUCCGCGAGCUCCAGGAAAGAGGGUACGUGCCACUCAAGGAUGAGAGUUUCUUGACGAACGGCUACCUCGAGACGACGGUCAUCGACUGGAUCCCCGGCAUGCCGCCGACCCUCCUCGGCGACUUCUCCAGCUUCCUCCGCACCACCGACCCGGACGACUUCGGUCUCCGCUUCAACGAGUCGGAGGCUAACAGCUGCGCCAAGGCCGGCGCCCUCAUCCUCAACACCUUCGACGGCCUCGAGGCCGACGUCCUCGCCGCGCUACGCGCCGAGUAUCCGCGCAUGUACACCAUCGGGCCCCUGGGCUUGCUCCUCCGCCAGCAGAACGACCAAAACAGCGCCGCCGCCGACACCGAGUCGACGACCGGCCUGAGCCUGUGGAAGCAGGACGCCGAGUGCCUCACCUGGCUGGACACUCAGGAACGGGGCUCCGUCGUGUACGUCAACUUCGGCAGCCACACGGUGGUGACGCCAGAGCAGCUGAGCGAGUUCGCGUGGGGUCUCGCGGCGAGCGGCCACCAGUUCCUAUGGUCCAUGAGGGACAACUUCGUCCGCGGCGGCGGCGGCGGCGGCCUGGACGCGAUGCCCCCGGCCUUCAAGGCCGAGACGGCGGGGCGGUGCCACGUGACGGCGUGGUGUCCCCAGGAGCAGGUGCUGCGGCACCCGGCCGUCGGCUGCUUCCUGACCCACAGCGGGUGGAACUCGACGUGCGAGAGCGUGGCCGCCGGCGUGCCCAUGGUGUGCUGGCCGGGCUUCUCGGACCAGUACACCAACUGCAAGUACGCCUGCGAGGUGUGGGGUGUCGGCGUCCGGCUGGACGCGGAGGUGGAGAGGGAGCAGGUCGCCAUGCACGUCAGGAAGGCGAUGGCAAGUGAGGAGAUGCGGAAGAGCGCGGCCAAGUGGAAGGACGAGGCGGAGGCUGCAGCCGGCCCCGGCGGUUCGUCACGCGAGAACCUGCUGAGCAUGGUGAGAGCGCUCAGCCGCCCACCCAACUCAUCAGAUGCUUAA